CAGUCCUUCCAAGAAACCAGUAGAUUCCAUAAAUAAAGAAAGAGAAAAUUCAACAUCGCCAGCACAUACUCUUCUCUCUUUCUCUUUGCUUUCUCUUUUUCUUUCCCCCCUUAUCAUCAUCAUCUUCUACAUUACCAAUUUGGGAAGAAAUUGACCCACUUUUCCCAGAGAUUGUUUGACUCAGAACAAGAACAAGAAGAAAAAGUGUUUAUUAGGGCUUUAAUCGGAAAACCCAGAUCCAGAGAUGAUGAAUCAGAAUCACAUUGAUGAUAUCCCAUCUACACCAGGCAAGUUCAAGAUGGAGAAAUCUCCAUACAACAUUCACAGACUCAGAUUUCAAUGGCAUUCUUCACUCGCCAAGCUUACUUUCUGGUCUUUCAUCUUCUUGGGUUUGAUCUUGAUCUUCUUCUACAGAUCACCUUCAACCUCAUCUUCAGAUUUCUCUCGUAGAUCUCUCCGUACAACUUAUCAAGGAGGACCCGAUUGGGAAAAACGGGUUCGUUCAUCCGCCAGAAUCCGUUCAAGGAACGGAAUGUCAGUCUUAGUCACCGGUGCUGCCGGUUUCGUCGGUACCCACGUCUCCGUCGCACUUAAACGCCGCGGCGAUGGUGUUUUGGGGUUAGAUAACUUCAAUAGCUACUACGAUCCAUCGUUAAAGAGAGCCAGACAAUCCCUUUUAGAUAGAUCGGGAAUCUUCAUCGUUGAAGGUGAUUUAAACGAUUUGAAUCUGUUAAAGAAGCUUUUCGAAGUUGUAGCGUUCACCCACGUAAUGCAUUUAGCUGCUCAAGCUGGAGUAAGGUACGCCAUGGAAAACCCUAGUUCAUAUAUUCAUAGCAAUAUCGCCGGAUUCGUUACUCUUCUCGAAGUAUGUAAAUCUGCAAACCCACAACCUGCAAUUGUUUGGGCAUCUUCAAGUUCAGUUUAUGGACUAAACACAAAAACACCCUUUUCAGAAAAAGACACAACAGAUCAACCGGCCAGUCUUUACGCUGCCACAAAGAAAGCCGGUGAAGAAAUUGCACAUACUUAUAAUCACAUUUACGGUCUUUCAUUAACAGGAUUAAGAUUCUUUACUGUUUAUGGUCCAUGGGGAAGACCAGACAUGGCUUAUUUCUUCUUUACAAGAGAUAUGUUGAAAGGAAAAGCAAUUCCAAUCUUUGAAGCUGCUAAUCAUGGAACUGUUGCUAGAGAUUUCACUUAUAUUGAUGAUAUUGUUAAAGGGUGUUUAGCUGCUUUGGAUACAGCUGAAAAGAGUACUGGUAGUGGUGGGAAGAAGAAAGGUGAUGCUCAAUUGAGAGUUUAUAAUCUUGGGAAUACUUCACCUGUUCCUGUUUCUGAUCUUGUUAGUAUUUUGGAGAAGAUUUUGAAAGUGAAGGCUAAGAAGAGGAUAACAAAGUUGCCUAGAAAUGGGGAUGUUCAGUUUACUCAUGCCAAUAUAAGUUUGGCAGAGAUUGAACUUGGGUAUAAGCCUUCGACUGAUUUGCAGACGGGUUUGAAGAAGUUUGCUAGAUGGUAUAUCGGUUACUAUGCUAAUGGUAAUGGAAAGAAGAACCAGCAAUGAUCUUGUGAAGAGUAAAAACCGAUUCGAUUUUUCUAUUCUAGGGUUUUCGAAUUCUUUGUUCUUUUUAAUGUUGUUUAUUGUAAUGUUUUUUUUUUGGGUUCCACUGUCGGACAUUGUUAUUGUUUGCCUGGAAUAACAGAGCCUUAUAAUAGAUCA